AUGCCUCUCAACAUAAGAGACCACGCCCGCCUGUACGGCUCCGCAGCCCUUGCGGUCGCCUUCUUCACAGGUAUCCUCGUCACUCUCGGCUUCAAAGACGUCUAUCCAGAUCUUGAAAGGAGGUACAAAGCCUCCAAGAAGAAGAAGUCAUAUCCACGCCCCCGGCGCAACUCAAAUGCAUCCAUCCUCACCUACGACCCGCGACGCAGCAGCAUCUUCUACGGCGACCCUGUUCAGCUAGAAGACCACGAGUCCGACAAUGGCUAUAAUUUCACAGACUCGAUGGGUGCCGGCCUGCCCAUCAUCUCAGACGGCAUCGAGUCCACCAUCGGCCACACGCCGCUCAUCCGCCUCAAGGCCCUAUCGGCCCUGCUGGGCAGAACGAUCCUCGCCAAGGCCGAGUUCCUGAACGGCUGCGGCAACUCGCCCAAGGACCGCGUCGCCCUCUCCAUGAUCCUGACGGCCGAGCAGGCCGGGCUCCUGGUCCCGCACAGGGGCGACACCAUCUACGAGGGCACGGUCGGGUCGACGGGCAUCUCGCUCGCGACGCUGGCGCGCGCGAGGGGCUACCGGUGCCACAUCUGCAUGCCCGACGACCAGUCGCACGAGAAGAGCGACCUGCUGCGCCAGCUGGGCGCCGCCGUCGAGCGCGUCGCGGUCGCGCCCAUCACGAGCCCCGGCCACUUUGUCAACCUGGCGCGGCGGCGCGCCGCCGAGCACGAGGGCGCCCACCGCGACGGCAGCGUCGGCUUCUUCGCCGACCAGUUCGAGUCCGAGGCCAACUGGACGGCGCACCUGCGCAGCACGGGGCCCGAGAUCUUUGCGCAGACGGGCGGCGUGCUCAAUGCGUUCGUCGCGGGCGCCGGCACCGGCGGCACCAUCAGCGGCGUCGCGCGGUACCUCAAGGAGGAGGCCAAGAUGGGCGACGAGGUGCGGGUGGUGCUGGCCGACCCGCAGGGCAGCGGGCUGUACAACAAGGUCAAGUUCGGCGUCAUGUACUCGCCCACCGAGCGCGAGGGGACCCGGCGGCGGCAGCAGGUCGACUCGAUCGUCGAGGGCGUCGGGGUCAACCGCAUAACUGAGAACUUCGAGGCCGGGAGGGAGCUGAUCGACGACGCGGUCAAGGUCACGGACGAGCAGGCCUGCAGGAUGGCGCGGUGGUUGGUCGAGAACGAAGGCAUCUUCGCUGGUAGCAGCAGCGCCGUCAACCUUGUCGGGGCGGUGGUGACGGCCUUGAGCCUGCCUGAGGGGAGCACGGUCGUCACUAUACUGUGUGAUUCGGGACAGAGGCACCUGAGCAAGUUUUACAAGAAGAUCGCUGAGAUGGGACUGGAGGAAGAGCAUGGGUCUCUGGAUUUGCUUGCACUACUGGGACUUGAAAGCCGCGACAGGUAA